AUGGAGCACCAGGCGGCACAGAAGCUGGGCAGCGGCAUCAAGGGCUUCCUCUUCGACAUGGACGGCACACUGACCGUACCCGUCCUGGAUUUCGCCUUGAUGCGCCAGAGGGUGGGCGUUCCGCAUGGCCUAGACGUGCUCACCGAGGUGGAGAAGAUGGACGACGAAGAGCGAGUGCGAUGCAUGAAGAUCAUCGAGGAGAUGGAGGACGAAGGAAUCGAAAAGCUGCAGCUCCAGCCGGGCCUGCUCGAUCUCUUCCAAUGGAUCCGUGAACACUCGCACGGUCCCUACAAAACGGCCAUCGUGACACGAAACGCGGGCAAGGCUGUGGAGCAUUUUCUCGCCCAUUCGGGCCUCAAUUUUGACAUUGUGUUGGACCGCGCGUUCAGGCCCUACAAGCCGGCGCCCGAGCCGAUUUUGCACAUCUGCAAGGAGUGGGACUUCCACUUGGACGAGGUCCUCUUCAUCGGUGAUUCAAAGGACGACCUGGGGAGCGCAUCCGCAGCUGGCUGUGCGUCGGUCCUCAUCAAGAACCCCAAGAACCAAUAUUUGAUUCCCGAAGCCACGUACCACGCGGACACGCUCUCGGAGCUCAUCCCCCUGUUCGAGUCCCUCGUGGCCAAACCCCUCAACAGCCAAUGA